UGUAACCAAGUCUACUAGUGUUGGGUCUCUAUUAACUUACCAAGAAAAAAAAAUGAAGGCCAGGGGUUUCUUUCUAGGCAAUCUCCUCUUGAUCCCUCUUUUACUUCUUUGUUUAAUGUUUACAAAUCAAUAUUCUCCAUGGUUUCUCACUCUCUUUCUCAUCUCAGUCUCCUCUCUUUUCACCCUCUCCCUCAACUUCUGGCUGGUCCCUGGAGGCUUUGCAUGGAGAAACUAUAACUAUCUCCACACGAAGCCUUCAAGGAUUAUUCCUGGUCCUGUUGGUUGGCCUGUGCUUGGAACCCUGCCUCAAAUGGGUUCACUAGCUCAUCACAAGCUGGCUAACAUGGCUAACUCACUCAAUGCAUCCAGGCUCAUGGCAUUUAGCCUAGGCUCUACCCCAGUGAUCAUCAGUAGCCACCCUGAUACAGCAAAGGAAAUCCUUUGCGGGUCCGUGUUUUCGGACCGUCCGAUCAAGCAAUCAGCCCGCUUGCUGAUGUUUGAACGUGCCAUUGGUUUUGCUCCAUCGGGGUCUUACUGGCGCAAUCUGCGUAGGGUUGCAGCUACUCACAUGUUUUCUCCUAGAAAAGUGUCUGGUCUAGAGCCAUUAAGGCAACAAGUGGUGGAUGAAAUGGUGGAAAAUGUGUUGGAAUCAAUGGAGGAGAGAGGGGUUGUGGUGUUAAGAGGGAUAUUACAAAAAGGGUCAUUAAGAAAUAUGAUUGAGAGUGUGUUUGGGAGAGGUUUGGGUUCAGAAAAAGAAGGGUUGGUGAGUGAUAUGGUUAGGGAAGGGUAUGAGUUGAUUGUCAAGUUUAAUUUGGAGGACUAUUUUCCUAAUAUUAAAUUCUUGGAUUUGUAUGGUGUGAAGAGGAGGUGCCAUAGGCUUGCAGUUGAUGUUGGCAGGGUGGUUGGUCAAGUUGUGAAGGAAAGAAAACAAGCUGGAGACUUCAUUAGUGGAAGUGAUUUUCUUAGUGCUUUGCUAUCUUUGCCUGAACAGGACAAGUUAGAUGAUGCAGACAUGGUGGCUGUUUCGUGGGAAAUGAUAUUCCGAGGAACAGACACAGUUGCUAUACUUCUCGAGUGGAUCAUGGCGAGGAUGGUUUUACACCCAGACAUCCAAACAAAGGCACAAGAAGAAAUCGACACGUGCGUUGGCAACAAUCGGCACGUGCAAGACACCGACAUCCCCAAUCUCCAUUACCUCCAAGCCAUAGUCAAAGAAGUCUUCCGCUUGCAUCCGCCGGGCCCACUUCUUUCCUGGGCCCGGCUUGCAAUCCACGAUGUCCACGUGGACAAGGUGUUCAUACCAGCUGGUACAACGGCCAUGGUCAACAUGUGGGCCAUAACCCAUGACCCAUCCAUUUGGAAGAAUCCAUGGGCUUUUAAUCCUGACAGGUUCAUGGAAGAGGACGUGCCAAUAAUGGGCUCGGAUCUGAGGCUUGCUCCAUUUGGUUCGGGCCGCAGGGUGUGUCCUGGCAGAGCAUUGGGCCUGACCACGGUCCACCUGUGGGUAGCAAGGCUUUUACAACAAUUCAAUUGGGCCUCGGCCCAACCAGUGGAUCUUUCGGAAUGCUUGAGACUCUCUCUUGAGAUGAAGAAACCAUUAGCUUGUCGCGUCGUUCCUCGCUUCAACAAGGCCAUCUACUGAAUGGUUUGCCUUCCCCCCCCCCCCCCUCUCUCUCUCUCCCCCCAUCUUUCUCUCUCUAUAUCUCUCUGUCUCUAUCUCUGCUUGUGUGUUUUUUUUUUCUCUCUCUCUGGAAGAACAAAUUCAAUGUCUAGCAUAUUAGAAUUUGGGUUUGGAGAUUGUAAAUGCUCUAAGAAUAAGAGCAAGUAUGCAGAUAUGUUGUAAAUUAUUGUUCCUAUUUUAUUUGUAUUGUUAAAUCCCUUCUAUCA